CCGAUGGGAUCAAUUAUAAGUGUAUAUACUCACGGAUCUUCCACUGCAAGUUUCAGAGCCCCAGCGGCUCUUUUGACGUCAAUUGGAUUAAUGCCAGCGGCAUACACUUUGAUGAUCACAUCUUUUGAGUUGGUGAGACACGGCUUGGGUAAUUCUGACACCCUGUAUGCUGAUGGCUUUGAGUAACGUGAUAUAUUGAGAGACAACAUUUCCUUUUUGGGCUGAAAUCGUACGUGGAAAAGAAAGAAAGGGAGAUUAAGAAGAUGGCAAAUCUCUGAUCUAAUUUCAAUAGGGUGGCUCGGUAGAUCACUGCCACGGAGCAAUAUUCAGCCGGUGCGCAAUCGAACUAGAUGGUCUUGGGCUAAUCCAAUGUCACUGUAAAAUAACCCCGCUUCUGCUCGGUAAUUGACUAACUUUGAUGAAUGACGUCAUAACUUGCUCGAGCUGGUUAUAAUACGGCUGCAAGCGAACACACUCGCACCUUCUUUCGAACUAUCCUUUGCAACACCAUUCGCAAAGAACUUCUUGAAUCUGAGACACUCAAGAAAGCAAUCAUGCCAUACCUGAAACUUCGAGAUGGAGCCGAGCUCUACUACAAGGACUGGGGCAACCCGGGAGGGGCCAUCGUCACCUUCUCCCACGGGUGGCCCUUGAGCAGUGACAAUUGGGAAAAUCAAAUGAUGUUCCUUGCUGAUCACGGAUACCGUGUUAUUGCGCACGACCGACGUGGUCAUGGUCGAUCUACUCAGACCUGGGACGGGAACAACAUGGAUACCUUUGUUGAUGACCUGGAGGAGCUCUUUACCCACCUGAGGGUCAAAGAUGCAGUGAUGGUUGGCCACUCGCACGGUGGAGGAGAGGUCACCCAUUAUCUUGGAAAGCAUGGCACAAGCCGCUUCAAGAAGGCCGUUCUGGUCGGUGCCGUGCCCCCCCUGAUGGUAAAGACCAGUGUCAACACCGAGGGGACUGAUAAGUCUGUUUUCGAUUCGUUCCGAGAGGCAAUGCGAAAAGACCGGGCGCAGUUCUUCUUGGAUGUCCCCAGCGGACCCUUCUUUGGAUUCAACCGACCUGGUGCACAGAAGAGCGAAGGGCAAAUUCGUAGCUGGUGGCAGCAGGGGAUGAACACCAGCUUCAAGUCAGCAUACGACUCCAUCAAGGAUUUCUCGGAAACGGAUUUCACGGAAGAUUUGAAGAAGAUCGAUAUUCCGGUGCUGGUUCUGCAUGGGGAUGAUGACCAAGUUGUUCCUAUUGAGGCAUCUGGACUCAAGUCAGCAAAAUUGCUGCCACAAGGGACAUUAAAGGUUUACAAAGGAGGCUCUCACGCCAUUCACAACAUUAAUGUUGACGAAGUUAACAAGGAUCUUCUCAAUUUUAUCAGGUCCUAAAUUGAUUUUCCAGUCUUGAUAUUGAGGGUAGCUCGAAAUGGACUAUUGUGAAAUUAACAGAAUAGGAAUACGGACAAUGUCUUCUUAUUGUAUUCAAUUCGCUGAACAUGAAAUGCUAAACAUGAGGUCCAGCAAAAAGAUGCCGCCGGGUAUAAUAAUCGGUCGAUAUCUCUGAUACUGCAGUUUCGUGGGCUUUUAUUCGCCAUAGAUUAAGAUCCAAAAUCAAUAAAAGUUAAAAGGUAUAUUCAUGACUUAGUCCCUAGGUCUGG